AAAACCCUGUAGUGGUCCCGCAUUCUCAACCCACAUGAAGUCUGUCUUUUACCACCUAACAGGAGUGAGUGUCAACUUGCACCUUCUGAGAAGCUCCUUCGUGACUUAUUGUUAUGGGGACAGCCAGUGCACCGACGCAAUGAAAGACAGUUUGGCGUCGGCCUUGAGACACACAAGGAAGCAAGCUCAACUCACCUAUGACCGUAAAAAUUCCAGCGAAAAGAAGAGUUUGGCUGUCAGCCUUGCUUCAGAAUUAGCAGAAAAUACAAUCGAGUCACUAUCAGCUCAGCCGUCCGACAGAAAUGCAGGGCUUGAUAAAGGUAGCUGGGUUGCUCUCACAGUAGAAAGCAGCACUCUGGCAAAUCCGAACAUUCUGCUAGCUAGAAUUCAGAACCUCAUGCCCGGUAGAAAGGCUUCGCUACUGUGGUUCAAGGCCACUGGGAAAAAGGCCUGUACGCUUUUCACUACGAUGAAGCCAACUGGAUAG